AUGGCUUUUCUUGCGGAUUCCCUGUCUGAUCGCCUACUAUUUGCUAUCCCUAAGAAAGGAAGGCUUUACGAAAAAUGUUUAGGGCUGUUAUCGGGUGCAGAUAUUCAAUUCAGCCGCAGUCACCGGCUCGAUGUGUGUCUUGUUGGAAACCACCAGAUGGCAUUAGUUUUCUUACCCGCAGCUGAUAUUCCUCGAUUCGUUGGCGAAGGAAAUGUCGAUCUGGGAAUCACCGGGCAAGAUAUGGUGGCCGAAGCGGAUCUCGACGGAUUGAUAGAAGAAAUUUGCCCGCUCAACUUUGGGAAAUGUAGCUUACAAGUUCAGGUGCCUGUCCACUCUGACGUGAAAACACUGGAUCAGCUUUCAGGAAAGAAGAUUGUCACCAGUUUUGAAGUUGUCAGCAAAUCGUUCUUCAAACAAUUAGACGACAGGAUCAACGCCACUCACUCGGAAGGCCAACCCAAUGCCACUUUUAUUGAAUACAUCGGUGGAAGUGUCGAAGCAGCUUGUGCCUUAGGCUUGGCCGAUGGGAUUGUAGAUCUCGUAGAGUCUGGUGCCACAAUGCGUGCCGCAGGCCUACAUCCCAUCCACACAAUCAUGACCUCGGAAGCUGUACUAAUUAAAUCGAGCAGGCCUCCAAGGUGUGAAAUACAUCAACAAUUGAUAGAUCUGAUCACUAGCCGUAUUAAGGGAGUCGUCGCGGCCCAUCGCUAUGUACUCUGCCAAUACAAUAUAAACCGGGCGCGAUUACCAGAAGCCCUGAAAAUAACACCAGGACGACGCUCUGCCACUGUCAGCCCAUUGGAUGACAACGAAUGGGUGGCCGUAUCGGCGAUGGUCUUCAAAAAGGACAGCGCAGAUACGAUGGACAGGCUACAGGCACUUGGCGCUUGUGAUGUAUUCCUACUCGGCCUGGAGAACUGUCGAGUCUAG